AAGAAAGAAGAAAAAGCAAAGUAUAGUUGCCUCCACCACACACAAAUUGUCUUUAUAAACAAACCACAUAACUCAGUAGAACCUCCCCCUCCACCUUCUCAAACCCCUCUCUUAUUUUCUCAAAUCAUCACUUCAAUGGGUUUCUACACUCAACAAUCCAUCUCUAAUCUAACCAUAAGCCAAGCCAUAUAUGAAGCAGCUCUAAUCAUAGCAGUUCUCAGAUGGAUCUUCUGCUUAGUUUUCAGAAUAAUCAACAACAGAAAAACAGAACAAGAACAACAACAAAAACAACACUCUUCUUGUUGUCAAAUGUUACCUUUGACAAGUUUUGGUGAAAUUAAGGAAAGACAUCCAGAAACAUCAGAAGAUUCAACAUGUGCUGUUUGUUUGAAUAAACUGAAAAUGGAAGAUGAAGUUAGAGAAUUGAUGAACUGUGAUCAUGUUUUUCAUAGAGAAUGCAUUGAUAAAUGGUUAGAACAUGGUUAUGAAAAUGAAAAUCAUAAUCAAACUUGUCCACUUUGUAGAGCUCCUUUGAUUAAUAGUUUUUCAGUUUCUUCUGAGAUUUCAAGCUGUGCUGGAUUUUCACCUCCUCAACCUAGUUGGGCUGUUGAAAGACUUCUUUAUCUCUUUGGAGAUGAUCUUUUACCUUGUUAAUUAAUUAUUAAUAAUUACUAUAAGGUAAUUAAUAGAUAGAUUAGGGAAUUCAUUAUUUGUUUCUUGGGUCUUCAUCAUAAUAAUUUCUUAGCUCAAAAUCCUCUUUUGUUGCUUUCUAAGUAGAUGACACAAAAUUUGUAUGUAUGAUUUAUGUAUGGUAUUUAUGUACUAUGUGCAUAUUUUUUUUUC